AGCUUUAGACUGAGUAAAACCUUGAGCUGUUGGAAAAUACGUCACUUGACCAGAGGACCCGCGUAAGUCAUUCAGUCUAACUUCUAAUUUAAUUUUAGUAUUAGUGUAAUAUAAAAUUUGUAUCAAAUAAAUGUUAUUUAUUUGUGUGUCUGUCUGGCUCUUCCCAUUUAUUUCAAUUGUUCGUGUCUUUCAUUCUCACUAUAAGACUGUAACUAUGGAUUUCUGUUUGACCGAAAAAUAUGUAUUUCCAUAUCUAUUUAUCCCUGUAUAUAUAUAUAUAUAUAUAUAUAUAUAUAUAUAUAUAUAUAUUUUUUUUUUUUUUUUUUUUUUAUUUAUUACUAUAUUUUUAUAUAUUUAUUUUAAUAAUUUUGCAUGUCAAGUUUUAUCUGUGCACCAACAUUAUCUUUUAUAUAUAUAUAUAUAUAUAUAUAUAUAUAUAUAUAUAUAUAUAUUUUUUUUUUUUUUUAUUUUUUAUUUAUGACUAUAUUUGUAUAUAUCUAUUUUAAUAAUUGUGCAUGUCAAGUUUUAUCUGUGCACCAACAUUAUCGUUUACUCGUGAUGUUUCUAUAAUUUAUAAUUUGUCAAAACGUCUUUUCAUUGCCUUCUAUUUGUCUUGCUCUGAAAUUAUCGGUGUGUAUCAUUUUUUCAUUUUUUUCCCCCAAUAGUCAACCCACGGGUUGCGUAUCUGACUAUUCAUCUGUCUUUCUAAAUGUCAAUAAUAUGUUUUGUGUUUUAGUGGGUCUAUAGGUCUUUUUAUCGGUCUAUGUCUUUGUUUAUAUAUUUAUGUUUCUAUGACAGUCUACUGUAUCGGUAUGUCAGUCAAUCUGUCUGCCUCUACUAUGAUUCUACCAUUGGUGUCUUCGGAUAUCAAUAUUGAUUAUAAUUUAUUUAAGUUUUAUUUAUAUAUAAAAAGUUUUCUGAUUUAAUCAAUUUUCAGUCGCAGGUAAUUUAUCUACCAGCUGAACUAAUCCAUCUAUCACAUUAACUAGCAAAUAUGUUUUUUUAAUGAGUACUAUAUUUGUCACAUACUACGUUCAUAACGUAAUAAAAAUACAUGUGAUAUUUCAUCGUUAAAUUAAAUGAGUUAGGACACUUUGAAAAUCUAUAAUCAUGAACCUCCAGCAGGAUCCCACCUUCCCAUCAUCCUUAGAAAUGUCUCCUCCACCGCCACCUCUGUGAUCUCCCCCCCCCUUCUUUUAAACCAAACAAAAUUAAAAAAGUAUGUAUAAUAGUCUCCUCUCCGUCACCCAUUCGACUCACAUGCAGCAUACGUCAUUAAAACUUUCACUCCAGACCUUCCUGUUUCUUAAAGUCCUUUCAAAUUUUCUGGAAUAUUAUAUACGCACUAGAUUUCAAACCUGUACAACAUACGACCUCAAAUAUAUCAAUAAUUCAUGAUGACCCGCCAUAUAUCCAACAGCGCUUAUUCAUGCCCGUGAAUAUUCCGUGACUGAUCAGAAUAAUUCAAAGAAAUCAAUCAAUAAGAUAUGUUCAAUACAGGCAGAACUCAUAUGAACUUAAUAACUCCUAGUCAGUCAGGGUACAACAUGUAGCUGAACCAACAGUUGGCAAAAACCAAGGCAUACAACACGGUAGGUAACGAAAAUGUUCUUCUGUGUUCUUUUGGUGACCACGUGAUAAGUGCACGACGAGUGAAGAAGACGGAGGAAAGCAGAGAAUGAGAGCGCAGCUCCGUGCGCAAUGAGACAUGUACAGACAAGACACGAUGGGGAUUACUAAUUAUUAUAGAAUACUAUCCAUUUGAUAUUACAUAAAUUGUACGAAUUUGAAACUAAAGCUUCAUCAGAGAGCAAUAAUUUUUCUAAAGAGAUUGUUUACACACAUUGUUCAUUUUAUGUUUGUUGUUUUUAAUUUUUUUAAAAAGUUGAAUUUUUAUACGAUAUUUUUCAGAAGCUUAAUUACGUUAAAUGCUAAUUUGAAAACUAAGACAUAUUUUAUUGAAUUUGUUAUAUAUAUCAAACACUUUCAAAGAAUAAAAUAAAGCAUCUUGGGCUCACUAAAAGCUGAUACCUGUAAGGUUGCUUAAAGGAGGCCAUAUACGUUAUAAUCAAUCAUUUAUUUUCAUGCUUAUCUCAUAUUCAAUUCGGUUAAAUUUUACAACUCUAUAAGAAUGAGGUGGAUAAUUCCGCUAAAAUAUUUUUAUUGACAGUGAUGAGAAUUGUUUUAUUUUUAUUUACUGACAGACACAAAUACUCUUCGCAUGUGAUUUAGAGCCAAAGGAAAUGGGUAAGUGUAUGAUAUAAUUUAACAAACAACGAGGCAAACAAUUUUAAUGAUAGUUUAUAGAAUUGUAUUUGCAUUUCUUAAAAAAUCUAAAUAAAAAAAAAAUUCUUUAACAUGUACGAUUUAAAUUCAAUAAAAAAAUUUUUAAAAACACACACACACAUUUUGUAAAGUAUAAAUGGUGAUGCCAGUGCAACACACAAUUGUUAGCAGGUGUAACAUUACAUUUUCUUUUAUUAUAUAAAUAUAACUUAAAAGUUAAUUUUUUAAAUGUAUUGAUUUAUUUAAUAAAAUAUGCCCUUCCUGCAACAACAGAUUCUGCCAAAUUUCUUGAGGCAAGAGGUAUGUAUAACAUGCUGAUAAGUUGUUUUUGUAGCUGGAAUAUGGUUGUUCACGGUAUGAAUGUUAAGUAGGCGGGGGGACAUUGGGUGUCUACUGUAUGUAAUUUUUGUAUGUAUUUUGGUGCGGACCAUGCUUCUCUCCGGCAUUGAUGUGUGUCGUACGGGACUAAUGGUUGUCUGCGGUAUGUCAUAUGCGCAUAUUGUUGCGGGAAUUCGGGUCUUCUUCGGUAAACAUGCAUGAGUGAGGGUCUGUGGUUCUUGACGAUAUUUGUGUAUGUGUGUGGCUACUAAGUUAUCUACGGAAUGUAUGUGUGUGUACGAGAUUAUGGCUCGAUAUGGGAUGUGUGUAAUUAUGGUUGCCUACGGUAUACAAUAAUGUAAGUUUGAGAUUGUUAUUCUCUUAUUCAUGUUUGUGUGUAUGUAUGUAUGUAUCUAUGUAUGUAUGUAUGUAUGUAUGUAUGUAUGUAUGUAUGUAUGUAUGUAUGUAUGUAUGUAUGUAUGUAUGUAUGUAUGUAUGUACGUAUGUAUGUGUGUAUGUAGGUAUGUAUGUAUGUAUGUACGUAUGUAUGUGUGUAUGUAGGUAUGUAUGUAUGUAUGUGUGUAUGUAUAUAUGUAUGUAUGUAACUAUGUAUGUAUGUACGUAUGUGGAUGCUAUGUCUCUAUACGGUUUGGCUGUAUGGGUGGGAUGACAUUUUUAAAUCUACAGUGUGAAUGAAUGUGUGUGGGUAAUGAAAUCAACAUGGAAUAUGUAAUGGCUAUAAUGGCUAUUAAAUUCAAUCGAUUUCAUUUCAGAAGAAAACACACAAAAAAAUAAAAAGAUAAAAAUAAAAAAAAAUAAAUAAAUAAAUAUGUUUUGUUACGCACUGGCAUCUAAUAUGGAAAAUAUAAAUGCAAGGACUGCUUUCAGGCUUAGUUAAUUAAUAAAAUAGCAAAACGAAUUAUGUGUGAAGCUUGAAAUAAGAUAAGAGGACAAAAAAAAAGGACGUUUCGGCAUAAAGCCUUCCUCAGCAAAAAAUCAAAAUAAAAAUAUAACAAAGAAAAGAGCACAGUAGACAACUCAAACAGUAUCCAUUCGUGUACAAUAGCGGAGACACGAAGGUAAUUAUUUUAAGCUGAGGGGAUGGCUAGCGGGCAAUUAAACAUAAAUUCACUCCUUGUGCCUUUAAGUGGGUACAUAUAUUAUGGGGAUCCUUUCCUUAGUCUAAAAUAUAAAUUUUUUUUAUUUCUAAAAAUUGAUGUUCAACAAGUAUACGUUAUAUGCUUCAAAUAUAAUUUAGAUUUAUUUUCACUACAGAUAGUAGAAAGGGUGUAGAGUCAGAAGAUAUGGAGAUCAGUAAGUGUAAUAACAUUAGCUGUUAUUUAUUUAUUUCAGUACAAUGUAAUGCUUUAAUUAUUUAUUAAAUUAUAUAUAUAUUUAUAUAUAUACAUUCAUAUGUAUUAUAAUCCAUUAUAUGGUUUUACAAUUUAUUUUUUUUUAAAUUUUGAAUUGUGCUUGCAACGAAAAAUAAUUCUUAGAAAACUAUUUGAAUUAAUUUAUGAAUACAUAAAUAUAAAUGGUUUAACUUUUUUUAGAACUACAAGAGAAUAUUUAAAAUUUUCAAUAUUUAACUGAGUUAUUUAAUUCAUGUUGAAAUAAGCAUAUAUAGUUGUCUACUUUUUUUGUUGAAGGCACUUCUGUUAAAAGAAAAUAUCAAGAUUCAACAGAUACAGGUAAUAAUUUAUUGCUACGUGAAGUAAUUGGAAAUGUUUUUCAAGCUUUGUCACUGAAUUUAUACUUAGUUGACUAGCCAUGUAGUUUAUUCUAAAAGAAAUAAUACUUCUUGAUUAAAGAGACAUAUCCAAUUUUAGUAAACAUUAUUACGCCUGCGUGGGAAAACAUUCAGGCCAAAAUGAAUUAAAAAAUUAAAAUAUAAAUGAAUAAGGAACAAAUGAAGCCCGAAAAGAGCAUUGAUCUUUUAAUAGAUCUUCCUUUAAACACCUAGCUCAUAAAAAUGUUCCAUUCAAUGGUAUUAAUUUUUUUUUUUUUUUUUUUUUUUUUUUUUUAAAUUUUCAGAAACAAAUUUUGAUGAAUAUGACAUCAAACGAAAAAUUCGUAAAGGUAAAUAGAAAUUUGGAAGAGGUAAAUAAAAAGGAGAACUUAAAGGCUCGUUUAAAUCACUGAGUGAUAAUCGAAACAAUAUCAUUGUCUUUUUCAUUUCAUGUAAUGUUUCAUGAUUUAAUUUAACUAAAAAAAAAUUAUCUCAAAUUUCAAAAUAAUUGUUAAUUUUAUCAAUGUCAAGAAGAAAUAUUUUAAUCUAAGUGUUCCUCUGACUUGCUAUACUAUUCAUUAUUGUUAAAAUAUUUUUAAAAUCAUUUUAUUGUUAUUUAAGGACAUCAGUUAAAAUAAACUUUGAUUAAAUUUUUUUCUGUGUAAACACGGGAAAUGUAGCUGCAUGAUUUUACUAUGUUACCGUAUGAAGUAGCAAAUGCGUUUUAUUUUUUGGAAAGUUGUCAUUAAUAUAAAAUUAAUGAAAAAAAUAUUACUUUGGAAACGAAAUUUUAAUGAUCUUUUCUCAAUCAGAUGAUGACACCAAGUGUAUAAUUUUAAAGAUAAUAUUGAAUAAAUUCUUAAGCAUUUGAUGUAAGUCAGACUUCGUUUAUUUAAGAAAAUGAUGCAUUUAAUUAAUACAUUUGAAGUACAUUUUCGAUGUUUAAAAUUACAGGAGUUUUCAUGUGUUAUAAAAACAAAUAUCUUAAAUUUAAAUAAAAUCUAAGGGAUUAGAUAAUAUUAUAAUCCACCAGUAUCAGAGGAAAGUUCUACAUAUACAGUAAACAAUCGAAACGUUUCAACAUCAGAGCAGGAGGUAAACUCUAAAGUACCAGCAAGCUGUCAAGAAAUAUUAACUACAGAACAAGAAGAAAACUCUACAGUACCAGCAAGCUGUCAAGAAAUAUUAACUACAGAACAUGCAGAAAAUUAUACAGUACCAGCAAGCUGUCAAGAAAUAUUAACUACAGAACCAGAAGAACACUCUCCAAUACCAGCAAGCUGUCAAGAAUUAUUAACUAAAGAACAGGAAGAAAACUCUACUGUACCAGCAAGCAAUAAAAAAAUAUCAACUACAGAACCAGAAGAAAGCUCUAGUUUUGCGGAAAUCACUCAAGAAUUAUCAACAAAAGAAUGGUUAGACAACAAAGUAAGACAUUAUGUCAUUCAAUGUUUUAGAUUAUUUGUUAUCGAAUAAAAUAUAUAAGUUUUGUAUAUGACGUUAUAGAUUAUGUACAUUUUAAGCAAUCGGAAACUCUAGUUUUUCUUAUAUAUGUUGAGGGCACACGAUCAAUGUUUUGAUCAUUCUGGCUUCUACUAUAGUAUUCUUUUAUUUAAAAAUUCUAGAAUCAGCUGGAUUUUCACGACAUUGAUGAAAAAUCAGUCUCGGAAAUAGACCUACUACAAAGUUUCUUAGCGGAAGUGGAGCGUACCUGGAAGGUGGUGAACAGACUGACAGGUUUCAAGUUUGGCAUCAUUCCCCCAAUGUGUCUAUCCCAGGGUCAAGAAGUCGGACAUUGGAUCAAGCUUAGUCGGAAAGUCAUCCCAUUUGUGUAUGUGACUCCAACAGGUGGCAGUAUUCCAGGGGUAAAUGAUGUUCAAGACAGCAUAUACGACGUCAAAACCAAAUCCUCUGCAGCUGCUCUCUUGAUUACAGAAUACGUCAACAGUGUGAUAAAUAAUUUAGAACUGCAAGCAGACGAUGUAAGUUGAGGGAACGUACCAACGAUUUGAUCGGGAGCCCUCUGAUUUAAGGAUUUUAAUAAUUAGUUUACUUUUAAAUCAAGAUCAAUUUUUAUCAUCUCUAACCAACAGAAAACUACAUUCUGAAAUAUAUAUCAUUAUAAAAGACAUUUUUAACUUAAACGACUUCCGUAAACUAGUUGUCUUUCAAUAAUAUUGAGUCCUAAUAAAACAGCAUUUUUUUUCUAUUUCGGGAAAUAGUAAAAUUUAAGGACAUGUUCAAAUAUUAAGUCAUAAUAAAAGAAAACAAUUUUUGUUGUUGCUAUUUCAGGAACUAGUAACAUUUAAGGUUAUGUUGAAAGAGUUGCACGCCCUGCUUAAAGAUAUCGAUUCAAGUAUGUUUUCCAAAACCAGACACAAUUCAAGCCUGACCAUGUCCAAAGUCAAAGAACUUAAAAUUAAAGUUGAUCAAAUGUCUCUUAUCGAUAAAAUCGAUCGAUGCACAUCAACAGAGCGCAUCCUGACUCUGACUGAGAGCCAUCUAUUGUGCAGAAUUUUAGGCUUGAGUGAUAAGUUCGUUCAGAAGAUGAUUGAUAUCAAAGACGAAAGAGCAUUGCGUAAAUCACCAAUUUGUAUUCUCGAAACGUUUUUUGAAGCCGAGAUGAACGAGGUUAACAUGAACCGUAGAUGUAAUGAAGGAGGAAAUAUAACUUCAGAUUUGCUACAGAUGGGGCUCUCCCAAGAAAAGACGCAGGGAAUAGUGAACAAAAUCAUUGCCCAGAAUGAGGAGACGCAAUCUGCCAUUUACUGGGUUAAAGAAUACCUGGACAGUCUGUUCACCACACACCAACUUCUGACGCCUUUACCAUUACUAGAUAGGUACGCAGAUGAACUAAUAAAUGAAUGGUUUGAUGCUGAGGUUUACCUACGUGCGACACACGAUGGGAACUCAAUAAAACUCAAUUUUCAAAUGAUUAAAGUUGAUUUUAGGAGCGAUGAAUUAAAAUCUGCGGAAAUAUUUGACAUGUUUCGUCAGCCCGGUUGCAAACUACUCUUCCACGGAACUAGAAAAACUGAUUCCUUAGACAGCAUUUUGAGGGAAGGAAUCAUGUUAGAUCGUGGGAGAUCGAGACAGGAUUUUUCUGACGGAAGUGGCUUUUAUUUGUCUGAUGACAUUGAGGCCGCAGAAAAUUGGGUCAAGAACAGGGGAAGAUGUAACUGCGCUGUUAUCAUAUAUCGAAUUCCACUAGAUCUUCUCGAGUUCGGUGUUACGGGAGGUCUGAAUUUAAGCCGGAACGCAAAUGAGUGGUCAAGUGUGGUGAAAUACCACAGAUCUGGAAGUUACUUAGAGCAAGAAGUACCCAAUACAUUUGACCUGGAAAACCGGCCAUUUAUCAAAGGUCCCGUCUGUGUAAACGGAAAAAAGAUUAGGAGAAAUGUCUCGCCAAUUAUGCUGAAAAUAAAUGGUAGGAGAUUGCAACAGUAUUGCAUCCGUGAUGAAAUGUUAGCUCUUGACAUUAGCCCCCUUGUUGUGGGAGUAGCGCUUGACUGUAAAGCCAAAAAUUAAUAACAUUUUCUCAGGUUAUAAACAUUAAUCAUUACUAUCUAUUAUCUAUUACACCAUUAUAAAGUGGUAACUAACAUGACACCUUACGAAAUGAAUGUAAACUACUUUAGCUAUUGAAUGUUUGGUUGUUUGUUUCGCCCUUAAUAGAAGUAAAUCCUUUGUAGAGUUCUUUAAUAUUUCUAUAGUACUCCAGUACGUUCUAAAUAAGGAUAUAAGGAUAUGCGAUUUGACUAUGAAAGUGAGUGGACAUUUAAUUUUAGCUUCAAUGAUGCAGCCAUGUUUUAACAUCAAGAAUGACAAGCACUGUAAAAUGAAACGCUACACGAAUAACAUAAUUUAAUUUUUUUUUUUAUUCAACUUGUUACAAUUUUUUUUUAAAUAGUAUAUUAAAAUUAAACAUGUUAUCACUGUAACAUCGAAAAUCUGGAAAUAAAUUAUAUCGCUUUUUGUCAUCAUAGCAUAAUGUAUAUAAAUUGAUGGGUAAGAAACUUUAUUGAAUAUGCAUAGAGUGUGCACUUGAAUGUUUUAGUGUUUUAUUAGACCCAACAUUAGGUGAAGACAAGUCCAUGUGUCCGGACCAGAACUGCUCACCUUUUCAAUUUGAGUUAGGUCUUCGUGCAAUCGCCUCACUUCUUGAUGAUUUUUUACAUUUUCAUCCAUUAUUUUCAAUGGGUUCCUGUGAGUUAGCGCAUCAACUACAAAAGUCUGUCCCUGGUGUACAGCUGCAGAGAUGACUCAGCAUCGGAAUAACUCAAGGAACUGAUUUAUAAACAUGUAUCCGUGAAGAGCCUGCGGUCUUCAUCACAGUACUUGCUGAGUGUUCCUAGUGUGGAUAAACACAGACAAAAGUCGUACGGAGUGCAUUCUUUUGAAGCGAUAGCGCCAGAAUUAUGGAACAGUUUGCCUCAAUCUUUGAGGCGAAUUGUAAAUGAUAAAAAAUCGUUUAAGAAACAAAAAAAAACUUUUAUGUUUCCAAAGAUUUCGGAGGACCAGAGCACAGUGAGCAUGCUAAAAUAGCAUUGGAUACCGGCGAGAUAUAAAUAUGAAAUCAAUCAAAAUCAUGUACAGAUCCAUUUAUAUUUUUCAUGAUUAAAAAAAAUUCCCUUGUAUUUCAUAUGUUUUUAGGAUAAUCACAUUUAUAGAAAUGUGUACUCUUUUUUUUAGGAACUAAAACACUUUUUAUUUUCCAAAUACUUGUUGUUUCUUGUUUUCUUUAUACCAUGAAGGAGGAGUUUAGCUGAAGCGCACGUAUAUAUAUAUAUUUAAAAUUUAUUUAUUUAUUGAUAUAAUAUAUUCUUGCUGGUGGAGACAUCUGCAUUAUCAAAAUUUUGAAUGUCUGAAAACAAUAGAUGCAUAUUCAUUUACUUUCAAUUAAGUAGCCACAUAAGUUACAAUAAAAAUUACUUAGUAAUAUAAAGAUUAUGAAAUGUUAUCCACAUAUAUCAUAAAAUAUAUAACCGUUUCAUUUCAAGACUGUUUCAAAAAAAUAUCCAUUUCAUCAAAAUAUUAACAGAAAAGUUCGACAAUCGUGUGGAGAAACAAACAAAAAUCAUACUCGUAAAUGUGCAGUGAUUUCCCCUGCUCAUAUUUCAAACCCGUUGAAAAGCAGCGGGUCUUAAGCAUUGAAAAUUUUUUGAAGAAAACAGACAUUUUCAAGAGUUUGUCUUCUAACAUAAUUUCAAAAGCAUGAGGUUUUUUGUUUUUUUUUAUUCUUAGUAUUAUCUUGG